UGUGAGGUUGUCCCCAAACGAGCGCAUCACGUUUGCAACACGUUUAAAUCAUCAACAAUGGACAAGCCAAUACCUGCCUUCUACUGCUGCUACCUGCUGCGCUCGACCAAAAUGCCAGCAAGUCUCUAUAUUGGAUCGACUCCGAACCCUGUCAGGAGAUUGAAGCAGCACAAUGGCAAGACGCAAGGUGGCGCGUUUCGCACUCACAAAGAUACCCACAGACCCUGGGAGAUGAUUUGUAUGGUUUACGGUUUUCCGUCUAAUAUUGCUGCCCUGCAAUUCGAAUGGGCGUGGCAGAACAGUUGCUUCACCCACCACAUCCCAGACGAGGAGCGUAUCACUAAACCUACAAGGCGGAAGUUAAGACCUAAAUUAGAUCCCAAGGGAAUAGAACCUCCCGUAGAGAGGUGGAAACUAGUCCGGCCGCGCUACACCAUAGUCCAGGUAUUACAGAACAUACAUCUUCUUCUCCGAGUCAAAAGUUUCCAACAAUGGCCAUUGCAUGUCAAGUUUUUCGCCUCGGAUGUCUUCAAGAAGUGGGAGAAGGCGAAGCCCAAGAAAAUAAGCUUGAGGGAUGGAAUCAGAGUCGAGCUCGAUGAAUCAAAGCCUCCCACAGAUGAAGUCACUACUGAUGAGACUUGUCCCCCGCCGGCAACUGGUAUUCAUGCUCUUGACGUUGAGUACACGGCUCUCAAAUCCCACUUGCAGAAGAGCCGAUUCAUUCUCGAGAAUGGAACGAUGGUCGCGUGCGGUGUCUGCGAGAGAAGCCUAAGGCCUUCUAAAGCGCUAGUCCUUGUUUGCCCCUUGGAAGGCUGUCGCUCAGCAUCGCAUAUGGCCUGCCUCUCAACUAAGUUCCUUGCCGGCGGAAACGGCAAUGCCUUGGUACCGACCAAUGGAAAAUGUCCUGAGUGCAAGGCUACACUCGAGUGGACCUCGUUGGUGAAAGAGCUCAGCCUGCGUACGCGUGCUAUUGAAGAAGUUGAGGCCAUAAUCACAGGCAAAAGGUCGAAGACGAAUCUUUCAGAAGCUGAGGAAGAUUUUGCGGAGCUAGUUCCCAUGGCAAUUCACGGAGACAAGGACUCAGGAUCGGAUGAUGAUGUAAGCGAUGAUGGCUGGAUCUUGCAAGAAGUUGGAGGGAUUGCGGAAGAGUUUGAAUUGGGAUUCCCUGCUGAAGACGAUGCAGUUCUCACGACAAGACCUGGUUGAGAGACAUACGACUGUUUUCAAUCACUCGACUCCAUGCUGCAUGAAAUGAGAAUACUGGGGCCAGACUCCCGAGACUC